AUGUCGCAGAGAAGGUUAACACAGAGGAAUCGGUCUCAAUCACCAACUACGCAAAGUGCAGAAAAUAGUGUCUUGAUAUCUGAUACAGAAUAUGAUGAUACAUUUGAUUUCCAGCAUCGUCCUUUGAGCAGAAGAGCAUCAAGUAUGUUUUCACUCGACACCUCUCCUUUAAACCCGCCUAACGAAAAGGAUAUCCAGAAAUUUACAAGCAAUGACUUCCAUUUCAGCAUGGUUAGGAACCUACAUGUUGCAGAUUAUAUUACAAUGCUUAAUGGGUUCUGUGGGUUCUAUUCUAUUGUAAGUUGUUUAAGAUUCACUCUCACAGGGAAAGCACAUUACGUUCAAAGAGCACAUUUUUUUAUUCUUAUGGGGACGCUAUUUGAUUUCUUCGAUGGGCGCGUGGCGAGACUCAGAAAUAGGGCCUCAUUGAUGGGUCAAGAGUUGGAUUCGUUGGCUGAUCUGGUAUCUUUUGGUGUGGCACCUGCUACGGUCGCCUUUGCUAUUGGUUUCCAAACGACAAUAGACGUGCUCUUUCUUUCGUUUUUUGUGCUCUGUGGUCUGGCUCGGUUGGCCCGGUUCAAUGUUACCGUCGCACAAAUGCCGAAGGAUUUUACUGGGAAAUCUAAAUACUUUGAAGGUUUCCCCAUGCCUAGUUCGUUGUUUAUAGUUGGGUUCAUGGCAUAUCUGGUGCGUCAUGGUUUGAUCGAGAAUAAUAUUCCGUUGGGUGUAUUCGCUCGCGGCGAGUGGUAUGAAUGUCAUCCUAUCGUAUUUAUCUUUUUCAUACAUGGUUGUGGGAUGAUCUCUAAAAGCCUAAAAAUCCCAAAGCCUUAA